UAACAAAGAAAUUUCUGCCCCGAUAUUUCAAAAUUUGCCGCCACGUGGUGCGAUUAACAAAGUGUCGAACUUUUACCAACGAUCGGUAACGCGAGAGUGACCAAAGUCCAAAAUACUGUGGGCACGCUAUGACGCGGCGUUGUGACCUAUGUUAUCUGGGUGUAUGCAAAUGGCGGAGCUUACAUCUAAAGAUGACUGAUCUGUCGCAUACCUACUUACAAGAGAUCGUGAAUCGAAUUUAUUUUUCGCAUUGAGCUGACAAAGAAGUACGACGAACACGAUACGAUACCUAUAUACCGUCCGACAAAGGCUAUACCUACACAAAAUACCGCGAAACUAGGAGGACGGACUCUUAUCGAGAAGAAGCAAGGGAGAAGUAUAGUUCAAACGCCCGGAAUCCACGAUGACCACAGCAAAAUAUAAGAUAGUGGAGUUCAGUGACCAUUCAAUGUCGGUUGUGCCAACAUUUUGGUUGCACAACCAUGAUAAAUGUUGUUAUUGGCCACCAUACAAAGGACAAUUGAAAGUUGACAGAGCAGUUAUCGAGAUGGAGAAUCCUGAUAAGAAAAAGUGGAGCAAUUAUAACGUGAUAAAAGUACGCGGACAAGCAAGUGACUAUCAAGAAGCACUUGACAACUUGAAGCUACUAGUCACUACUUCCGAUGCUGAUGAUAUAAUAAAAGAUGCUAGUGCUUACAAAUCAACGCGGCAAAAACGCGCUAGGAAGAAGAGUGAAAGUUCUAGUGAAGACUCGGAGAAAAAUACCCCAGAAAAACGACCUGUUAAACGGUUUAAAACAAUUAAAGAAAACAAAACUUCAGAUAAACAAUCUAAGGAUCACAACAGUAGUGAUACGUUUUCGGAAAAAAAUGAUUCCGAGAUUGAAACACCACCACAAUUAAAUGUUAAUUUCCAAUCUCAAAAUGAUGAUGGAAAAGAACCUUCGCCAUUAAAUAUACGUUCAACUUCAACAAUCCUGAAAGACAUCGCAAAUGGUAUUGCUUCGAGGAGUAAUUCGCCAGAGAUUACAAAUCCUACAAAUACUGCAGGUGUAGAAAAUGAAACACCCAAAGGUAGAAGAUAUAAUGAAAAAGAAAAGGAUGCCGUGCUAAGCAUUGGCAAGGAUGCUGUUGUAGCAAACAUCGAAGAUCGACGAACAAGUAAACAAACACAGGAAUCAGAUGGUGAUCAAACUCCUAUAAAGUCACGCCUCCCCCCAAGAAGUUCAAGAGUAUUAACGCGAGAUGAAGAAAUAGAGAAUCGUUAUGCCAAAUCUAUAAGUCAAAUAGAAACCAAAGCUGGAGAAGAUGAAGGAGCAUUAAAUAUAGCAUACUUUAAAGAAAUAAUAUAUCUAUUGAGUAAGCAAAGCACAGAGAUUGAAGAAAUUAAGCGGCAACGUUUUGAUUCAUCUAAAAAAUGUCGUUCUGGUAAAACAAAAAAGUUUGACUGGUCAACAGUUUUACCAUUUAAGGAUGCGGGGACGUUUGAAGCAUAUAGCAAGAAGAUUGAAAAGGAUUCAGAAAUCGAAGAAAGCUUGAUAGAACUAUUAAAAUGUCUCGGUGGUCGAGAUGAUCGUAUUAAAACAAAUACGAUUAUGGAAAAGAUAAUGACAGAUAGCUUGGGUUCAAAGUACAGUUGGAAGGGCCAGAAAGGGAAAGAGAAAUUACAAGAUUUAAAAAUUGCUCAAGUUAUGUUGGGCACAAUAUUACAAGUAACGACAGAAACUUAUACAUAAACGGAUGCUAGAGGACAAAUUGGAAGUUGGUUGGCUGGCCGUAAAGCUAAACUAGAUCGUGAAAAAGAGAAGGAACAAAGUUAAAUAAUUAUAGAGUUGUUGAAAGUUUUGAAAACUUCUAGAUUUAAGUGUAGAUUAUAUGCGCAGAUAUCGUUUUGAUACGAUUUGAUUUAAAGUACAAUUUUUAUUUGUUUUCGAUUCAAAGUUUUGACUUUGACGAUAAAGAUUAACGUUUUAAAACGUUCUUAUUGUUGAGCACGUAGCAUUGAGUAAAUAAGUAAGCGUUUUUUUUUCUAAAUUUCUCA